AUGUUUAUUUGCCCAACGUGUAAAAAGGCGUCAACAACACGUACUUAUUGUUCGAAUCAAAGGUGCGUUCACCACAAUAAAGAGUACACCUUAAAACCAACGCUAUUCAUCCAAUACUCAAUUGUUGAACAGCUAAUUAUAGCAAGAGAACAAGUAUGUUUUGAAGAAUAUGGUCCUUCACCGUCUAUACAAAUCUCAACAAUUGCCGAUGGCCAAAUAUACAAACGUAUAUUAUUGGAAAUUGAUGAGAAAUUUUUAACAUUAACAUUAAAUGUUGAUGGCGUAAGUGUGUCAAAUAGUUCUGAUAUGUCAAUCUGGAUUUUUACAAUGGUUAUAAACGAAAUAUCUCGUAAUAAAAGAUUUAAAUUAGAAAAUAUAAUAAUUCCACUUACUUAUCCCGGACCCAAAAAACCAACAAAAACAGAAAUGAUAACAAUGGAAGGUGAAUUAGUUAAAGAAUUACAACGUCUCGAGCUUCCUACGCCAUUCGUAGUUAAACAAGAAACCAAUGAAAUAAUAAAUAUACGUACAUUUCUAAUUGCUGCCUGUUGUGGCAGCUCAGGCAGCAAUACAAAUGUUGCCCGGAUCAUCGCAGCAUUCGGAUGUGGUCGAUGCACUGUCAAAGGCAUGUUAACUUCAACGCUGCAUAGUAAACGAAAACAACAUUCAUUAGAAUUAAAUAACACUUUACAGUUAUUAAAAAUAGUUUCCAUUAAAAGUCAAUCAGAAGAAUUUUCGCCUGUAAUCAAGCAAUUUAUUGGUGGUCUCCAGUUAACCAAACGUUUAACCACUGGAACCCAUACGACGAAUGUUGGUGUUGGCAAAACUAUUAUUAAUUUAAAACUAAAAAUUGAUUUAAUAAAAUUAAAUGAUUUACACGGUUAA